AAGGCAAGUUUGGUUUCAAAUGGCCGUAUUCAUUCCUCCCUCCCCCCCCAAAGCCCCCCUUUGUAGCACCGCGAAAAUAUUUUUUACGCAGUUUUUGCGAAGUUUUGAAUUUGGCGCCAUAAAUGUAGUUCCAAAGACAGCCACUGGCUAUUUUCGGCACUGUUUGCUCAAGAGAAAAUGAGAUGGAUGCAUUUCACCGAUAUCCGUCUCUCUCACACAUUCACUUUUUCGCAAUUUUCUCGCGUUUUCCACCGAAUUUUCCGGGGAAAUUGUGUUUUUUGUGACCAGAGAAACACUUUUGAAUUUUUGGCAUCAAAAUUUCCAAAAGUCACGAAACCCCAUUUCCGGGAAAAAAAGUGCGUGUAAAAUCCCCAACCGUCAAAAUUUCUGCCAGACACAAUUUCCGCACAGAGCGGCUCCCCGGGGGCCCCGGAGCACCCUUAAGUGCCCCAGGAGCCCCAAAAAUGCGUUUUGUGAGAAAAAAUUGGGGUAAAAAUAAGAAAAAUCGCAUUUUUGGAAAAUAAAAUAAAAAGUUCUUUAAAGUUCAAAUUUUAUUAUUGUGGUGAGCGAGAUGGAAUGCGCCUAAAAAAUAUCCAUCUCACUCUCAUUAAACAAAAUGAAAAUGUUGGAUAAUAGAUGGCGAAACAAACGACAAAGGUGCUUGGUGACUUGCAAACUUUUCAUUCUUUUCAUUGAAAUUUAAAUCCGAUUCAUAUUCUAUAAGUUUCAAUCUUUCAUACUCAUUUUUUGUUUUAUUUUUUAAUUCAAUGUUAAAUAAAUAAAAAUUGUAAAGAUAGUUCAAUGUGUUUCUUGUAACAUUAUUGAUGAUUUUUUUAGUUAUAACAUUUAUGAACAGAAAAGACACAAAAAUUUCACGAAAAUUUCAAAACCAUAUUUUAGCUGUCACGACAACUUCCGCCUGCUGCCAAAGUCUUUUCUUUUGGAGUUUGUGAGAAACGUGGACGCGUUUCUGUGAAUUUUCUAAAAAAUAUCAAUGUCGAAUCAGAAGAGGAGAAAGACCAGGAAGCUCCGUGGACACGUGAGCCAUGGACACGGACGUAUCGGAAAGCACAGGAAGCAUCCGGGAGGUCGUGGUAAUGCCGGUGGCAUGCACCACCACCGUAUUAAUUUCGACAAAUACCAUCCGGGAUACUUCGGAAAGGUCGGCAUGAGGGUUUUCCACCUGCGCAGAAACCACUACUACUGUCCCACAAUCAACCUGGACAAGCUGUGGACUCUUGUGGGUGACAAAGUGCGCGAGGAUUGCGCAAAAGAUGCCGAUGCAAAGCGAGCUGCUGCUAAGGCUGCGGGCAAGGAAGGAUUUGCCAUGGAUGGCGUGAAAGUCCCCGUUGUGGAUCUGGUUAAAUUUGGAUACUACAAACUCCUGGGACGUGGACAUCUUCCCAAGCAGCCAAUCAUUGUUAAGGCGAAAUUCUUCUCAGCCAAGGCUGAGAGGAAGAUCAAACAAGCUGGUGGUGCAUGCAUCCUGCGUGCAUAGUUCCAUUGCCACGAGAUCAGGUCAAUAAAAAUCAUUUAAAAAUGAA